UGAAGGAAUCUCAAAACUUUUCCAACAAACAGUGCCAUGGUCUGUUUUACUGUUUAACUUCGCCUCCGGCUUUUCCGCGAAAGUCAAAAUAACGGUUUCGUUGCCAAACUGUGUGUGUCGGUGAUGAAGUGGAUGCUGCUGACUGCUUGGAAGAAGGAAAGUUGCGAGAGGAAAAACUUCUGGAAUGAUGCCCUAGCGACUCCAUCCCUCCCUCCAAAGUUCAGCUAAGGUGGCUAACGUUAGCUAGCGUAGGACUCGGCUUGCUAACUCUGAUGUGAAAGUUAAUAGAAUAGGAUACACGUUUCUCCAGACGUCAAAACAAGUAGUAACACUUCACCUGAUAUAGUGGAGAAGCGCGUGAGGAUAUCUAACGCUUGUGGCAAACUGAAAAGCGUUCAUCCUUGGCUUGUUAUUUUAGCCAUACCAGGUUACAGUAUCAAGCUAAUCAUUUUAGCAAAGUGGAGCUAGCUGACAGACAGCUAGCCUCCGUUAAGUGAAGUUAUCCAGAGUUAGCGUUAGUUAAAACUCUGUGAGAAAUGGCAUGACACUCUUCUCGUUUACCAGCUAAUCUCCAUCAUAAUAAGACUGCAGCAAUUUUAACUCAUCUGGAAACUCAACAAGUUUAUACAUUGACCAACUGAAUAGUAUCACUACUUGCUGAAUAGUAUUUGAGGAGAUGUGAAGGGAUGAGAAAGGGAGAUAAGCCUCAUGAACAUAGCAUGAGAAAGUAAUUGAGUAGCCCGGAUGUACUUACUCGCGUCAUCGUUAUCAACUUGAGUUGAGCUGUAAAAGUCUGUAGGAAUGGCAUGGGAAGCCAGUUAACACAUUUGACAGUGUUAGUAAAGAGACUGGACCACUUUGACACUUUCUUCCACCAUUUUUGCCUUUUCUGCUCGGUCACUUCCCUGCCUCUUUAUUAAGACUUUCUGGGGAGCAUACUGCAGUUUGGAGCCUUCCUGCAUUAUUGUCACCAUUGUUCAUCACCCACAUCCAGAGGGCCUGCAUCUUGGAUGAAGUGGAGAGUGCUACAAUGAAGGUGACAGUGACAUUUGGGCAGACAGGUGUGGUGGUGCCCUGCAAGGAGGGGUGGACUGUGAGGGACCUCAUCCAGCAAGCCACGCAGAGAUACAGAAAACUGCUGGAACAGGAAGGAGAUUUCCUGGUCCGGACUCACCAUGUUGAAUACUGUGACGGGGGGAUUCUGGACCCUGAUGAUAUACUCAGUGAUCUUGUAGAAGACAAGGACAAGCUGAUGGCAGUGUAUGAGGAGCAGGAAGCCCAGCAGAGGGGUGUGGCUAACCCGAGGCUAGCCCCCAGCCCCGACCUCCACCAAUCCGAGCUGUCCGUCUUCCAGCCAAUCGCAGGAGGAGAGAUUGAAGUCAAUUCCUCAGCCCUCAAGUCCAACACCCCCCUGUUGGUGAGAAGCAGCAGUGACUCAGCGCUCAGCCCGCAGCCCACAGAGACCGAACAUUCGCUCAAUGAGGACACCGCCAGGAUGGCGUCCAGUCCCGCUGUGGAGAGGCCAGCAGGGGUGGAGCGGCCCCAAGGCAAACACACCUAUAACGGCAGCCUGACUAGAACAGUGGAGAUCCUGGGAGAGGACAGCCCCCUGGGAAUCCAUGUGGUCCCUUACAGCUCAUCACUCAGUGGACGGUCUCUUGGUCUGUACAUUCGUGGAGUGGAGGAGGAGAGUCGCUCGAGAAAGGAGAGCUUGUUUCAAGAGGACGAGUGCAUCGUCAUGAUCAACAAUGCCGACCUCAUGGACAAGACGUUCAGCCAAGCGCAGGAAGUGUUCCGUCAGGCAAUGCGCUCCCAAGUUGUCCGCUUGGAAGUAGUUCCCUCCUCCAACAGAGAACGCUAUGAAAAGAGUCUGAUCGGUCAGCUGUUUGGCAACAGUUCCGCUCCCGACACCAGCCCCCGAAUCGCCAAGUCCAAAGCGCCACCUCCACCUGUCAAAGCCAAACCUGUGUUCAAGCCCUCUGAGAAUCCAACCACGCGAUUGGCAGAGGAAGCCGCCUCUACGGACGCUGCUGUUAGUACACCCAAGGGGAGGAGUGAGAGCCCCCUUCUUAAGAAAGGUCCUGCCCUCUCCAGCCUGGUGACCAAUAAGAAAGGAGGACGAAGACUGAGGAUCGAUCUAAAGAAAGGCUCAGAAGGUCUUGGUUUUACUGUCGUAACCAGAGAUUCUUCGGUCCACGGGCCUGGUCCUAUUCUGGUCAAAAAUAUUCUGGCACGUGGAGCCGCUGUCAAAGAUGGACGCCUGCAGUCUGGAGACCGCAUACUUGAGGUCAACGGUGUGGAUAUCACAGGUGUGGGCCAAGAGGAGCUGGUGUGUAUGUUACGCAGCACGCGACAGGGAGAGAGUGUGUGUCUCCUGGUCCUCCGGCAGGAAGACAUGUUCCUGCCCCGAGAGAUGAAGGAAGAGAUGUCCCGUGUGACAGGCUUUGUUCCGGAGAAUGGGAAGGAGCAGCUUAUGUUCGAGGUGCCUCUUAAUGACACCGGCUCGGCAGGCCUGGGCAUCAGCCUCAAAGGAAACAAGUCAAGAGAGACCGGAGAGGACCUGGGAAUAUUCAUUAAAUCCAUUAUACAUGGAGGGGCCGCAUACAAGGAUGGGCGUCUGCAUGUCAAUGACCAGAUGGUGGCAGUAAACGGAGAGUCGCUGCUGGGACGCUCCAAUCACGUGGCCAUGGAGACGCUGCGCCGCUCUAUGUCACAGGAGGGAAACACAAGAGGGACAAUCCAACUGGUGGUGCUGAGGGUUUUGAAGGAUCAACACUAUGUGUCACCCAAUCGCUCCUUUGACAGCUCCUCGGGCCUGUCAGGGCCGGUGGGUCCAGUGAACGGUCACUCUCCCCUGCUGAACAACUCUCUCUACGCAUCUAAUGGGCCGGUGGGUCCAGUGAACGGUCACUCUCCCCUGCUGAACAACUCUCUCUACGCAUCUAAUGCGACCAAUGAGGGUUAUUCUUACAUGGACGAGGAAGAGGAGGCGGAGCUGUAUGGACAUGAGACAGAGUUCAGCAGCUCCACCCAACACUCCUAUCUACACGAAAGGGAAAACUCUCACACCUCUAACGCGGCUCAGCCCCAGGCUCCUUCCCAGAACCAGCGGCAGUUCCAGCACGUAAAGGCCUCCAAGAGCAUGGAUCUGGGUACGACUCAGAACCAGCAACACACUGUGGCAGAUGAGAGCAACGUCGGAUCCCUGCUUGGAAACACUGCAGCUCCGUCAACUCCUGUGGAGCUUGGCCCUACGCUCGGCUUAAAGAAGUCCAGUUCCUUGGAGAGUCUCCAGACAGCCAUGUCAGAGGUUAACAGGAAAAACGAACUCCUCCCCUUCCACCGACCUCGCCCAAAUAUGGUCAGAGGAAGAGGCUGCAACGAGAGUUUCCGAGCAGCUAUUGAUAAAUCCUACGAUGGGCCUCCUGAAGAUGAUGAUGAUGACGGCUCGGAGCCGAGUUCAGGCCGGGACACCCCUGCAAGUUGUUCCUCCCGCCAGGGAGCGGGGGAUCGGACAGAGGAGAAAGGCAAAAACAAGAAAAAGAAACCGAAAACAAAGAAAAAGGAAAAGAACAAGGGGAAAGAGAAAGAGAAAAAGAAAACAGAGGAGCCUGAAGAGACGGAGAAGAAGAGCAAGAAAAUAGGCUUCGGCCUGCUGAGAUUCGGGAAGAAAAAAGAAGAGAAGAAGGAGGCAAAAGCAGCUCUGCAGCGACAGAAGUCAGACGUCCUGAGUGAUCAUGAGUUUGAGAGGAUGAAAGACGAGAGGGAAAGGAUCGAGGCAGGGCAUCCUGAGCUGCGAGAGCACCGGCCCGGACACCAGCAAGGUGGUGGCGGCGGCGGCGGCGGGUCGGCGUAUCCAGAUUUUGAAGAUGACGACACAGACCCGAACUAUGCCCGAAUACAGUCCUUCAGGGACCGAGAUAUGGGUUCAAUGCCGCAGCCACUGUCGCAGUCACCUCCCUAUAGUACAAUUCAGCACGCCCAUGCCGGCGCCCCUUCCCCCCAAGGCCCUUCUGCCUUUCCUGGGCAUGGAAAUCAUGGUAACGACCCUGGAGCCAUCCCUGAUGACGACCCCAUUGAUAGGCUGUACGCCAAAGUCAAUAAACCAAGAGGAGCUGGAAGUACGUCUCCUCCUGUCUCUGCUUCUGCCAAUGAAAGUGUGGACAGGAUCCAGCAGCUAAGAAGAGAAUACCAGCAUGCGAGGAGAGAAGGAAUGGUGCCGCCUUAUGAGGAACUGGACCCACGACGCAGAGGACACGAGAACGACGCACACAGGAUGCCAGGCAGAGGGGCAGAUCAUCGGUUGGCACCACGUUAUGAAGAAGUGGAACGACAGUAUGCCUCCUUACCAAGACGAGGACCGUUGGAUCCAGCUGACUACUCCAUGCAACCCUGGUCAGGUCAUUAUCCCGGACCUCCGCAGGCCCAACAGGGAUACCCUCAGUCCGCAACCUACCCUAACCCCAACUCCCAGUCAGCCCCGUCCUACCCUAACCCCAACUCCCAGUCAGCCCCGUCCUACCCUAACCCCAACUCCCAGUCAGCCCCGUCCUACCCUAACCCCAACUCCCAGUCAGCCCCGUCCUACCCGAACCCCAACUCCCAGUCUGCCCCGUCCUACCCAAACCCCAACUCCCAGUCUGCUCCGUCUUACUCCAGCUACCCACCUGGUCAGCCAUAUGUCUGGCAAGGUGAUCCUCGGGGCGUCGACCCUGGAUACUACCCCCACCCAAGCUCCCAGCAGAGAGGACCCUUGCGGCAGGAUGUUCCCCCGUCUCCUAUCCCUCCACUUCGUGGACUUCGGUACGACACUAUGACGCGUGGAACCGGGGGUGGAGGUUACAGGCACCUGGUGGAUCCCAGUCCGGACCAAUAUGGCUAUACUGGGGAGGGAGGGCGACAGCAACAGCAACAGCAAACCAACCCAAGACAGAAGAAUGCCAUGACAGCAGCUGUGUAGACGAAUCAGGUCCAGAGAUGAGAAUGAGCAGAAUGCUAACUGCUUUGUGUUGUGCAGCUCUUCUGCUUGCGGUACUCCAAUGAAAUAGAGUUGAAACCUCUAAAUUGUGUGAUUAGAAUCACCAUCAUUAUCAAACAUUAUCUACGCUGUUUGAAGUAUAUGGUAAUACACAGACAAGCAAGGUAAAGGAGGUUAAUUAUAGAGUGGCCAGCGUGAUGCAUAAUGUCUCAUUGUUUGAAGUCAUUUAAAUUACUUUGAGCCUUCCUGCAGUAUAAAAUUAGCAGGGUUUUUACUUUUCACUGUAGUUAGAUUAAGUCAUCUCUUUCAAGAAUCAGUCAGGUAAUUGGAUCCAUUUAAAUUAACGUAUACAUACAGCUCUACAUACUCUAUAUUGUACAUGCUGGUUUCACUGCUGCUGCUCCACGAAUAAGACAGAUAUUUUACUGUACAAUAUAACAUGUAGUGACAUGUUAACCUUCACAGAAUUAAAUGACACCUUCUAGCAUCAGUGUUUUUGUGCGAUAAAGCCAAAUGUAUCCUUGAGACUGAAGCAGUUUGUGUUUGAGUCGAGUUGAGAUGUAGAAGAUGAUGGAAAAUGUUCUUAAUCACAAAUGUGUAUGAAUUUUAGGUCAUAUUACUAUUAUUGAACUUACGUUUGUCUUUUAAUAUUUCACUUUAUUUAAACUUCUUGGAUAAAAUGUAACAGCCAUCAGUACUUAAUCCAUGGUCCAACCUGUGUUUAUUGAAUCAAUCCAACGUGAUCUGAGUUUUUGCUAUUUUUUUUGGUUUCCCAUCAAACAUCAAAUUCAGAGAUAAUCCAUUGCUUUAAACAAGAAGCUGACAACUACAUUUCUCAAACGUUUAUCAGGAUGCGAAUAUCAAGCUACGAACUUAUCAUUCUGGAAAGAAUGCUUUAACAUGAUAGACAGCAAUGUGAAGCAAGAAAUGAGGACAAACUUCUGCAAUGGUGAAAUAGUUCUUACCCUUUACUAAACCACUACAAUGGGCUGUCACAUGUCAGUCUGGUACCAUUUUCUGGCCAAUAUCUCUAAGGUUCUGGUUUAGCCAGCGGAUAUCCAGCCCAAGUCUUCCUCUUCUGUGCGCUGCUCAUUGUUUACAGUCCAAUUAGCAAUUUUGAGACGCGAAAAUGUAGUUAGAGUUGAAAUACUACGUCUAUGUCCGGAUUGCCUCACAAUUAGCCAAUUGUUGUCAAAUGAUAGCCAACGCCGAAUUGCAUUACAGCCAAUGCGUUCCGCCUCGUUUGCUCUCCACGCGGACUGUUUACCUGCACUCAACCAAACCGCGCUUAAACGUGUCAAUACCAUUCAGACUACAAACUGAAACCAGAACACUUCCAAUACCAAAAUCUUGUACAUACCAAAAUAUGUAUCUUCUGAUUUCAUAUUCAGAUGUCUGUUUAUAUUUGUGUUUAUAGAGAUUAAUGACUUGGAGAUGUCCAUGCUGUUGGGUAACCAGGCAGAAAAGACAAGCGUUUAACUGACCAGUUGCAGAGCUUAUCUUUACUCCCUAUUACUGAGCAGCCUCUUUUUCUCUGUGUUGUCUGUAUACACUAUGUACUGUAGUUUAGAUGCAAUGGAUGUUUGUGGAACAUCUCUGUGACCUGAUGGUGUAGGCGUCACCGCAUGGUGAAGUGCUUACAAGUCCUGUUGAAACCGGUAUUGAGCUUCAGAGUGCUCUUCUCAGCACUGCACCACAGCGUAUAUCCAUUUUGCCACUUACUAAACCAUCAAUUAGGUGUAGCUAAGAGUGAGAGUCCAGCUCAACAUUUCUGUGUAUCACUCCACAAAGCUCAGCAGUAUUCAUUUCAAUGGAGAUUAAAUGUUUAAAAUGACAUUUCAGGAUUAGGUGAAUUCCAUUGCUGUCAAUAUGAUUGAGGAUGAAAUCCCACUGAAGUGAAUGUAACGAUGAAAUAAUUUAACUGAAGCCCAUGCAGAGGAAUGUGAAGUAGAUUGUGUCUGAAAAUCAUCUCCUUUGCAUGUUUGAUUGACGGAUCAGGAUCUUGAUUGGAACGAAGAAAGUAGGAGUGUUAGAGGUUAAAGAAUUUAGGAAAACAGAGAAAGGAGGGAAGAAACGAAUAUAAUAGAUAGUUGGAAAAUCAAGGAAGGAAAAAGAACAUAGAGAGGGAAGAUGGAUUAAAGUAAGAAGUAAUAGACUGAAAGUAUGCUUGGCGGGAGGUGGAAGAAAUAGUAAGAACAUGUGCAGAGCCAUAAGGCCAAAGCCUGUAUGGUCCAAAAUGGUUUGAUUCAGAGAGUUUUCAAAGAAGAACAGAGCAGAGGAAAGAUUGAAAGUUUAUAAAUAUUUGGGCGGCAGUUGUUCUGUAGUAGGAGGAGGGUUGAAUGAGUGGGCUAUAUUGAUUGUAUUUAGUAACUUUGGGACUUACUUAAUGUGUUUCUUAUUCAAGAUGUUAUCACUUUCCAGCACUAAUAAUGAAGGCAAACUUCCAAAUCAAACUGUCAAUGCAUACUGAAGUAUAAUUAUAAAGCACAGUUUUAGGAGAUUGUCCUGGUGGUCAAGUAUAGAGAAGCAACAUCAAAAUUGUUCACAUGCCCCUUUAGAUCAUUCACUCACCCAACACAUUUUUGCAUAAGUAAUUACUUUAACGAUUAAUUGAUUAUCCAAAUAGUGGACGAUUAUUUUUGGUGCGAUUGACUAGUCAACUAGUCAACUAAUCGUUGCAGCUCUAAGGUCAAUAAUAAAUGGUAGUUGGCUUGUAAAUGUCAAAUAAUUGUAUGUGUAAAAUGUUUGUAAAACGAUUAAAGGGGAAAAUGGUAAAGCUGAAAUGAAAUAUGAUUUUUUUAAUAUGUGUAUAUAUAUAUAUAUAUACACAUAUUAUUAUAUAUAACAUGAUUGUUUUAUACUUUCAGGACCUUCAAGGUAAUUUGUGAUAAUGAGACGUUUCAACUAAUAAUAUACUUUGCUGAAUUAAAAUGUUGCAAUCUGUAGCCACUAUACCAAAAUGAGUUCUGUUCAUUACCAAAAGGUCAAUUUUAUAACUUUGGAUAAUUGUAGCUGCCUAUGUGUUACAUCAUGUUAUUGAGCUCCAGAGAAAUUAUCUCCUGGGCUCACAUGUAAGAUUUUGUCGUCCUCAUUCCAAAAAUGUAUUGCACCUCUUAUGUCUUCUUAACUGUGUGUAAGUGAACGCUGGGAGAGUGUCUGGUGAAGCUGUGCUGAGCUGCAGUAUAUUGUGAACAUUACAUGAAGGUGAAUUAUUGUUACUCCUCUGAUACUGGUACGCAUUUCCACAUGUAUGUUACUCUUCAAAAGCAUUAAUAUUGUAUGUAUUUGUUUUGUUAAUGAUAGUUAGUGUUGCUGCUUGAUUAUACCAGAGCCACAGAGGGUUGGGCCACUGUUACUACUGCUACUGCAAGAAACAGCUUUCGAUUUCACCAAAUUCAGUUUCUAGUUAUUUUAAAUUGGGAAGAAAAAAUCAAUGUUGGCAGUUUGCAUGGCAUGGUUAACAUCAAACGUUCUGUUAAUAUGGCUUUUUGUUUUUCGACAGUACACUAUGUGUUGCAUAGGCUGAAGGUACUAACCAGAGUCUGCUAUAUGAAGAGUUCUGGUACUCUUGGUUCUCCCUGUACAGAGACCAGAGUAUGAAGGAGCCAACUAAACAACCUCUCUGUCUUAGAAGUAUAAACAUUUUAUUAAACUGCUUGCAUCCAAAAAACAAAUCUUCUUUUGUAAUAUUGUAACAAUAACAAUGAUUUGCUAUUACUGUUUUUACUGCAUUUUAUAUUUCUGUAUAUACAUAACAUUUUUGCAUUAAAAUAUUCAUUUUUGCAUUAAAAUAUUCAUUUUAAACGAG